AAUGCGUAGGUUUCCAUAGUCCAUAGUGUGAGUCUGGGUAAAGUACUGAAGUCGACAAGUUUGCAGUAUACUUUUUUCUUCUCCAUUUUCCGUCUCUCGUGCCUUUUUUGUCAAAAGAAGAGACAAAUAGAUUAAAAAUUCUGUGUAUAAUAGGAUAAUAGAUAGAUUGCCGUCGAAUAAGUUCUAUCCACCUACUCACUGAGAAAGAAGAGCUAUCGACUACCGAGGCAGAGAAUAAGCUGAACAUUACGGAGAAAACAAUGUAGCAUCGUGGCUCGGGUUCAGUUUUAUACGGAAUGGAAGGUCCAGGAUGUUUAGUUCCAAAAGGAAUAGAGAAUUUAAGAGAAGACUGGGGAAGACUUGUUUGCCCCGAUAUUAUCAGCAUUAAUUUUCGUUAUCAUGUAUCAGUUGGAUAUGCAGUUGUAUUGCUAUGGGCUGCCAUUGCCAGGGGAUUCCUGCUUAUUUCAAAUUUGGCUUCUGCUUCGAGUCUGAAUGCUACGACUGGGCAGAAAAAGCUGAGACAGGAGGUAAUCGACGUGUAUCAUGGCGCUGUUGCGACGGACGAUCGUCGAUGUUCGAGAAUCGGAUCGGACGUUCUGCGUGAAGGAGGGCAUGCCGUCGAUGCUGCCGUCGCCGCUGCUCUUUGUUUGGGGGUUGUGAGUCCAGCGUCGAGUGGCCUUGGUGGUGGAGCCUUCCUGCUGCUCAGGUUAGUUAAUGGCCAAGCAGAAGCCUUAGACAUGCGAGAAACUGCUCCUUCUCUUGCUUCUCAGAAUAUGUAUGCUGGCAAUACUACUCUGAAGGGGAGAGGUGCGCUCUCUGUGGCAGUUCCCGGACAACUUGCUGGCCUUUACAAAGUGUGGAAACGACAUGGGAAGCUGCCAUGGAAGAGGCUUGUGCAGCCAGCAGAGGCUCUUGCUCGUCGAGGGUUUAAGAUAUCACCGUACCUUCGCAUGCAAAUGGUUCGAACGGAAUCAUACAUAUUGGAUGACCCAGGACUUCGUGCUAUUUUUACAUCUAAAGGAAAACUCUUGCGGAUAGGUGACAUAUGCCAUAAUGAAAAACUAGCAGAAACAUUAAGAACAAUAUCCGAAUCUGGUCCGCGAGCCUUCUAUAACGGAAGGAUCGGCCUUAAUUUAGUCAGAGAUGUAAAGAAGGCUGGGGGCAUUUUGACCAUGAGAGACUUGAAAACAUACAGUGUUAAACAGAAAGAACCUUUAUCUGCGGACGUUCUUGGAUUAAAGGUCCUUGGCAUGCCUCCUCCCUCAGGUGGCCCUCCAACGAUACUUAUGCUGAACAUUCUAGCUCAAUAUGAAGCCCCUUCUGGUUUUUUAGGCCCCCUAGGGAUCCAUCGAGAAAUUGAAGCUAUGAAACAUGUAUUUGCCGUGAGAAUGAAUCUUGGUGAUCCGGAUUUUGUAAAUAUAACUGCAGUUCUUUUAGACAUGCUUUCUCCCAGGUUUGCUAAGGAGUUGAAGAAAGACAUCGACGACAAUAGAACUUUUGGUCCCGGUCAUUAUGGUGGAAGGUGGAAUCAGGUUAAAGAUCAUGGUACCAGUCAUGUAAGCAUCAUAGAUCAGGAGCGAAAUGCUGUUUCUAUGACUGUCACCAUAAAUGCUUAUUUUGGAGCAGGAAUGCUUUCACCAAGUACAGGAAUAGUGUUGAACAAUGAGAUGGAUGAUUUCUCCAUGCCUGCAAAUGUUUCGAACAAUGUUCCACCACCAGCUCCUGCCAAUUUCAUUGUGCCAGGAAAACGACCCUUAUCGUCCAUGUCUCCAACCAUUGUCCUCAAGGAUGGGAAGCUGAAAGCUGUACUAGGUGCCAGUGGAGGAGGUAUGAUCAUUGCUGGAACCGCAGAAGUUCUUUUGAAUCAUUUUGUAAGAGGACUGGAUCCUUUUCAUUCUGUAAUUUCUCCAAGGGUAUAUCAUCAGUUGAUACCUAACGUGGUUAAUUAUGAGAACUGGACAACAGUGAGCGGUGACCACAUAGAACUUUCUGGUGACAUAAGGGCAGCCCUCAAGAAGAGGGGCCAUGUCCUACAAGACCUUCCAGGAGGGACUAUUUGCCAGUUUAUUGUUCAAGACACUGAAAGGUACAAAAAAGAUGAUGAUAUUGGGAAGUUAGUGGCAGUGAGCGACCCAAGAAAGGGUGGUUUUCCUGCAGGCUUUUAGAAAAUUUCAUUGAGAUCGAUCCCUGUUCAACUUUUGUAUUCUCUGUUGGUGCAAUUGUGAGCUAGCAAUAAGAGUCCUCAUUCCUUCUAGGAAUCGAGAAAAUGCCACGUUGCCCCUUGCAUGAAAGAUGGGGUAAAGGUACCCUUGUAUUUCGAAAAAGCGAUUCAGAUUCAGUGCAAGUUUUGUGCGGACAUGUGACUGUAUGUUCACUCCUUCUGAGAAUAUUAAUUUCCCAAUCCCCACUUCAUAGAUGCGGAUAGACCCCUGCAUCUUUCUUUAUGCUGACUCAACAAUUACCCACGGAUCGUCUGAUCUGUAGAUGUUAACCAUGUGAUUAUGAGGACAAUAUUCACUUGGAAUGUGGUUCUUUAUGCCGUAGAGGUUCAUUAGCAUGUGUUUGAUUCACUUUCUUAGUCACUUUGCUUCGUGGACUACAGUAGUGAAAGCUGUAUCACUUGUGAGUAUGAUCUAAUUAAAAUGGCUUGUGACUUGUUCA